AUUAAUUCGUAAUCGGUUAAAUGCGGCUAAUUGAUUUCUUAAUUGGCCAGUCCAGGUACAGAUUGAAUUGUUUACAUUAAAAAGUAUCUGUUUCGAUCAUAUUCCUGAUAUGACAGCUGUCACGCUUAGUGUUUCAUUCCAAAACGAGGUGCAAUACCAAAUGAUUCUAAAUUAUAUUACGGACGAUCAAUGAAAUAGCGCCUUAAUAUAACGCGGUUAAAACGAAGUAUAUCAAAAUAUUGUAGUAGAAAAUAACCUUAAGUAUAACCCCACAAUUAUCAUUUGAUUAUACGUAUGGAAUAUUGCUAAUUUAUUAUUGUACUUGAAUUAAAUACCUCAUAUAAUUAUUAGAAUCUUCAACAAUGUUGGAACGUAAAGAUCCAGAAGGAAAUUUAUAUGUUUUUAAUGAAGAAGAUUUACCAUACGAAGAAGAAAUUUUGAGAAAUCCUUAUUCCGUGAAACAUUGGCAACGUUAUAUAGAUCAUUUAAAAAGUACAAAAAGUAGUAAUUUAAACAUUGUGUACGAACGAGCGUUAAAGGAACUUCCUGGAAGCUAUAAGUUAUGGUACAAUUAUCUUCGUCAACGUGUCAACCAAUUGAAAGGGAGGUGCAUAACAGAUCCGCUUUAUGAAGACGUAAAUAAUGCAUUUGAGCGUGCUUUGGUUUUUAUGCAUAAAAUGCCCAGAAUUUGGAUGGACUAUUGCACAUUGAUGACAGAACAAUGUUACAUUACGCGUACUCGUCAAGUUUUUGAUCGAGCACUUAGAGCUCUCCCUAUCACGCAACAUCAUCGUAUAUGGCCAUUGUAUAUUGAAUUUUUAAAAAAGCAUAAUGUCUAUGAAACUGCAGUUAGAGUUUUUAGAAGGUAUCUUAAGCUAGCUCCAGAAGAUACAGAAGAGUAUAUAGAAUACCUGAUAUCAAUCGGGAGGCUUGACGAAGCAGCUGUGAAACUUGCACAAAUUGUUAAUCAAGAUGAUUUUGUAUCAAAGCAUGGAAAAUCUAAUCAUCAAUUAUGGAAUGAAUUGUGUGAUUUAAUAUCAAAGAAUCCUUCUAAAAUAAAAUCUCUUAAUGUAGAUGCAAUUAUUAGAGGCGGUUUAAGACGUUAUACUGAUCAGUUAGGCCCUCUUUGGAAUUCUUUGGCGGAUUAUUAUGUUCGUAGUGGUUUAUUCGAAAGGGCGAGGGAUAUUUAUGAAGAAGCAAUACAAACAGUGACUACUGUUAGAGACUUUACUCAAGUGUUUGAUGCUUAUGCACAAUUUGAAGAACUUAGUCUUAGCAAACGUAUGGAAGAAGCUGCAAAAAAUCCUACUGAAGAUGAUGAUAUAGACCUAGAAUUGAGAUUAGCACGAUUUGAACAUUUAAUGGAAAGGCGUUUAUUACUUCUGAAUUCUGUAUUACUCAGACAAAAUCCUCAUAAUGUACAAGAAUGGCAUAAAAGAGUUAGGCUUUAUGAGGGACAACCACACGAGAUUAUUAAUACAUAUACAGAAGCUGUACAGACUGUACAACCACAAUUGGCAGUAGGUAAAUUGCAUACUUUGUGGGUUGAAUUUGGUAAAUUUUAUGAAGAAAAUGGUCAAAUAGCAGACGCUAGAGUAGUUUUCGAGAAAGCAACUCAUGUUCCCUAUACUAAAGUCGAUGAUCUUGCUUCUGUAUGGUGUGAAUGGGCAGAAAUGGAAAUUAGGCAUGGAAAUUAUAAAGAAGCGUUAAAACUGAUGCAUCGCGCUACUGCUAUGCCAUUCCGUAAGGUAGCUUACCAUGACGAAACAGAAACAGUUCAAAUGAGAUUGUAUAAAUCUUUAAAAGUUUGGUCUAUGUAUGCCGAUUUAGAAGAAAGUUUUGGGACUUUCAAGACCUGCAAAGCUGUGUACGACAAAAUUAUAGAUCUAAAAAUCGCAACGCCGCAAAUCAUUAUUAAUUAUGGACUCUUUCUCGAAGAAAAUAGAUAUUUUGAAGAAGCUUUCAGAGCUUAUGAAAAAGGUAUUGCACUCUUCAAAUGGCCUAACGUUUACGAUAUAUGGAAUACGUAUCUUACAAAAUUUUUAAAACGUUAUGGUGGAACAAAGUUAGAACGAACGCGAGAUUUAUUUGAACAGUGUUUAGAAUUUUGUCCACCAAAAUAUGCCAAAGCCUUGUAUUUACUGUAUGCAAAAUUAGAAGAGGAACAUGGUUUGGCUAGGCAUGCAAUGUCUGUAUAUGAACGAGCAACUAAUGCUGUUCUUCCUGAAGAAAAAUUUGAGAUGUUCAACAUAUAUAUUAAAAAAGCAGCAGACAUAUAUGGUGUCCCAAAAACGAGGCAGAUAUAUGAAAAAGCUAUCGAAGUACUUAAUGAAGAUAAUACGAGAGAAAUGUGUUUACGGUUCGCAGAAAUGGAAACGAAAUUAGGAGAAGUUGAUAGAGCUCGGGCAAUAUAUGCGCACUGCAGUCAAAUUUGCGAUCCAAGGGUGGCUUCAAAUUUCUGGCAAAUAUGGAAAGAGUUUGAAGUGAGACAUGGUAAUGAAGACACUAUGCGUGAAAUGCUUCGAAUUAAGCGUAGUGUACAAGCUAUGUACAACACUCAAGUGAAUAUGAUGUCUGCACAAAUGUUAAAUAAUACAUCAAACUCACCAUCUGAUAUACCAGCAGAUGCAAUGCGUCUUUUGGAUAGUAAAACACAGGAUAAUAUUACCACAUAUAAGGACAGUAUUAAAUUUGUUCGUGGUGCGAUAGAAAAAGAUGGUAAAGCAGAAUCUCAAGUAAACAAUCCGGAUGAAAUAGAUAUUGAUAUUGAUGACGUUGAUGACGCUGAAGCAGAUGUAGAGGAAGACAUACCUGUUGAGAAACAAACUAUUCCAUCACAAGUAUUUGGUAGUUUAAAGACAACUGAUGGUGAAGAUGAUUAAGGCAUGUAUAAAUUGUUGGAAAAAGAUGUAAAUAAUAAAAUUCACAAUAAAAUAUAAGAUUUGUAAUUGGAAUA